AGAGGAGAGGAGAGGAGAGGAGAGGAGAGGAUGAUGGACACUAGGAAAUGAGGCGUGUCUCCAGAGUUUUUUCUUUCACAUGACUUCAGCGGGGGCCAUGACAUCUCAGAGCGGCACGGAGUCCAAAGGUCUAUCAGUCAAAGCUAGCUGCAUACAGGCUUCAUCUUCAUCAUCUGUUUGUUCUCGCUGAGGAGGAGGAGGUCUCUAUUUACCGAAACAUGAGUGAAGGUAGCAGUGCUCUGCUCAGCAGGCUGCAGCAGCUGCAGUGUCACUUCACCUGGGACCUGAAGAAGGAGUCUGUAGACCUGGAAGACCUGAGCACCCGACUGCAGAAUGACAUACAGCUUCAGCUGGGGAAGCCGGGCGCAGUCGCUCAUUCAUACAAUUUCUUGGCUUAUGUCAGGUACCUUCAGGAUCAACAAGAGGAAGCAUUGUCACAUUUAAACCAAUCAGAGGAGACCAUCACUGAGAGGUAUGCUGAUGAGAGUGAGAGACGCCUCAUCGUAACAUAUGGAGAUAUGGCCUGGCUGAAAUACCACACUGGAGACUACACACAGUCACAAAGCUACUGCCAGAGAGUCGAGGACCAACUGUUGAAGUAUACCACUGGUUCUUCAACAAGUCUCCUUCCAGAGGUGUAUGGAGAAAAAGCCUGGACGUACCUCAAGUUUUCAAGGUCUUCUCUCUCAAAAGCCAUCGACUGUUUCCGUAAAGCACUUGAGGUCCAGACUCGUGACAGCGAGUGGAACGCUGGCUAUGCUAUCGCCCUCUUUCGCACAGAACUGAGGCAUUUAGAAAACUUAGAAAAGGGUGAGGAAUCUCCAGCCAUCAAACAACUUCGCUUCGCCCUGGAGGUCAACCCUGAUGAUGCCGUUCUGCAGGCCAUGCUGGCUGUGAAGCUGGUUGUCUAUAAGAAAUUCCACGAGGCGAAGGAUCUGGUGAAGAAAGCACUAGAAACUGAUCCUGACAACCCUCAUGUCAUCCGCUACAUAGGAAAAUACUUUCGUAUGCUGGAUCAACUGGAUGAGUCUAUUGAUAUGUUGGAGCGAGCGUUGAAAAGGGCCGAUCAGUCACCUUUCAUCCACCACCAGCUGGCUCUGUGCUACAAAAGGAAGAAAAUUGCCGAGCAGAGCCACAAACCUUUCAGCAACCAAAGAGAGGUGCGGUACUGGAGGCGUAUUUGUAUUCGUCACCUUGAAGAGGCUGUAAAGAUAAGGCCGUCCUUUGUCCUUGCAUCGACUGAUCUGGCACUGCUGUAUGCAGAGGAAAGAGAUAUAAGGAGGGCUGAGAAUAUUUUCCUGCAGUGCUUGCAGAAGUUUCCAGAGUUUGAGGAAAGUCUUUGUCAGACUUUCCAUCAGCGCUACGCUGACUUUCAUCUCUAUCACAAAAAAAAUGAAGUUGAAGCCAUCGCCCACUACACCAAGGGGCUGCUGGUAGCACUAAAAACAGAAGCGAGGAGACUGUGCAGUAAGAGACUGAAGCAAAUCGCUGAGAGACGUCUGUCAAAGAACCGGGAUGAUGGCGAGGCUCACGCUUUGCUGGGUCAGGUGGCCAAAGCUGAGGGCAACAAGAAGAAAGCUGCAGAGUUUUAUGAGAAAGCUCUGGACUGUGACGUGGACAAUGCAGAGUACCUGUCUGCGCUGUGUGAGCUGCGCAUGGAGCUGCAGUGACGAGAACAUCAACCUUUGAGACUUUUAUGACUUUUAAGACUUAUAUUCAUCACUGUAGCACUUGUGAUUUUAUCAGAAAAAUUAUUAUUUAGUUAGAACAGAAAUUCUGCAGGGUCAGGGUUAAGAAAACUUUAGUGAACACUAGUGAUGUGUGCUUCUGUGUCGAGGCUUCGAAGCAUGUAUCGAGGAAUUGAGGGAGACCUUUGUGAAGCGCGUAUCGAGGCUUCUGUUGGUGACGUUCGAAGCCUCGCAAGCCGGCCGUACCACAUGACUGAUUCAGGAAAUGAUUUGCGGGUUCGGCGUGCGAUUCGAAAUCUGAGGGGCAGCGAAACGCGAUGGAUCCCCCCUCACAGUGUGUGGUAUUGGGGACUAUUGCAUGUUGGUUUGCAGUCUGUUUGAGCUGUUUCUUUUUUGGUGAUGGAACCAGCCAGAAAGAGGAGAUUUUCCCUGUCUGGGAACAUUUUGAGCUGAUCUCUCCUGAUAAGGUGUGCGCAUAGUAAUAAAUUAUGACCCCAGCUUCCCCUGUGAAAGGGUAUUUUCUAAAGCGGGCAAAGUCAUUUCCAACAAAAGAAACCAGCUGAAGCCCAGCACUGUGGCAAAGCUGUUAUUUCUAAAUAAAAGCAAAUAAAUAACACAGUGGUGAGCACAGUUACAAACCAAGUAACACAAUCACAUUCACAUCACAACUCUCCCCAAUUUAUUUCCACUUUCCCUCUUGACCCCAGCAUUGUAUCAUAAAGACAGACACCAUAUUAGUUAGUUCAGUAUUUAUUUAUUAGCAUCACAAAAAUCAUUUAUUCUGUUCAGAGCUUCACGCACCAAAGCCUUGGUGUAAUUAUAAUCAGUCUGCCUGUUUUACAUUGACUGCCCUCUUGAUGGCGCAGUAGAGUGUUUUAUUUAGAGUUUUAUUCUACUUAGCAACACGGUGCAGUGACAUGUAGCCACCCUCCUUAGACAGAGAUGUACACGUUUUGGCAAAACCUUCAAGGAUAAGAUAAAUGUAUUUUUCUCGGAGACCGGGAAGGCCAUAAAUAAAAUAAACAUAUCUCCCAAAGACCGUGAAGUCAACCUGGAGUCCAUUGGUCCACUAUUCGUCUGCUCUCUAUCUAAUUUAAUUAUUUAUUUAAUUGCCUAUUAUUUGCUUCAGCCACUACUUAUUGAUUUCUUUAUAUAACGCUUUAUACAACACGUUUGCAUUUACCCAUUCUGCCUGAUUGUUGGGUUCUCUCUGGAUUAUUGUCCGGUCUUUACCUUUACCUUACAAUAUAAAGCACCUCGAGGCGACUGUUGCUGUGAUUUGGUGCCAUAUUAAUAAAAUUGAAUUGAACUGUUCAGGUGUAUCCAGGCCUCCUGAUGCACGUAUAUCUCAGAAAACAU